CUACAAAAAUGAAACUUCGCUUUUUACUUUGUCAGUGUGUUGUUGGAGCUUUUGCUCAGAGUGACUAUGAUGAAGAUGAUGGAACGGGUGUGUUAUGUCCCACAGGUUGUGAGUUGAACAAAACCCUCCAGAAGCAAGAACGUAACGUGAGGUCAACUGUAGAUCAGUUCAAAAGAUCUGUGGAUGAGCUGACCCAGUCCACCAACUCUAUCUAUGGCUACGUCUUGGAUAUGACCGCAGAAGUAGCACAAAGACAAAGAGUCAGCGAGGUUGGUUGGUCAGUACACAGACAGCCUAGAGACCCAGCAUGCUUAUAUUAAGGACACUAUGGAUGUCACCUUCCCCCAAAACAUUAAAAUCCUACAGUGUGUGCUAGAAAAGAUCCGUGAGAAGA